GACCUGCCUGUAAACAUAUCAUCUACGCACGCUUCUUAGUUCUCAGUAUUCUUCUUCUUCUUCACUGAGAAAAAGAAGAAAUCUUCAGGAACCAAAAUUGUAUCCAUCUAUAUUAAAGAUUGCAACUUUAUUAUAUUUUGAAAUGGCCAUUGCUUCUACUUUGAGUUUUAGCAGCUCAACUAUCACUUCUUCACCUUGUUUGAGUUUCUUGAAACCACUUCACCAUCAAAAGUCCAAUUUUUUAACUUUGCCUUGUCAAAUUCCACGUGGUAAUUUUGUUGUUAAGUGCUCUGCUUCAGACCCUUUGAAUGGCAGGCAGCGACUUCCUUCUGAGGUUCCAUUUGGUGCUACAUUGAACGAAAAUGGUCUGUCAACGCCAUCAUUCAGAUGGCGUCGGGUACUACUGAAAGUAAGUGGAGAGGCGCUUGCUGGUGACCAAAAACAGAAUAUUGAUCCGAAGGUCACAAUGGCUAUUGCAAGAGAAGUUGCUUCCGUGACUCGGCUUGGCAUUGAGGUUGCGAUAGUAGUUGGCGGGGGAAAUAUAUUUCGUGGUUCUUCCUGGGCAGGAAGUAGUGGUCUCGACCGAUCUUCCGCUGAUUAUAUAGGGAUGUUGGCAACUGUCAUGAAUGCUAUAUAUCUGCAAGCAACAAUGGAAAGCCUUGGUAUUCCAACUAGAGUCCAGACAGCAUUUCGCAUGUCUGAAGUUGCUGAGCCAUACAUACGUAGAAGGGCUGUUAGGCAUUUAGAAAAAGGAAGGGUAGUAAUAUUUGCAGCCGGAACUGGGAAUCCGUUCUUCACCACAGACACAGCUGCAGCUCUUCGGUGUGCUGAGAUUAAUGCAGAGGUUGUGCUGAAAGCUACCAAUGUUGAUGGUGUAUAUAGUGAGGACCCAAGGGAUAACCCUGAUGCCAGUCUUCUCGAAAAUUUAACGUAUCAUGAAGUAAUAUCUAAGGAGCUUUCAGUUAUGGAUUUAACUGCAAUAACAUUGUGUCAAGAGAACAACAUUCCAGUUGUCGUUUUCGAUCUAAACAAAACUGGUAACAUUGCGAAAGCCAUAAAGGGAGAGAAGGUAGGGACAUUAAUUGAAGGAUCACGAAAUGUUGUAACUGCAAGUUCUUAAAAGCGUUGCUAAGAGGAGUUUUAGCUUCCUGAUAUCAUCUCGAAGGAUCGAAAGUUUGUCAAGAUAUUUUUUGUAGCCUUGGUAUUAAAUUUUAGCUUGGGAGAAUGAGUUUGAUGCUUCCAAAUCUAGGUAUGAAUGAAAGUUGUAAAUAAUGUACUACAGUUGCUUAUUAUUGGAGAUUUUGACAUAUGAACCUACAUUGAGCCACCUCUUAUUUCCCUUGGGAUUAUGAGCUCAACAAGAAUAUUACUCCCUUUGUCCCUCAAUGUUCUUUUAUGUUGGGGACCUCUGUAUUCUUUAUGUUGGUGAUAAAUAGAUGGUUUGACACGCA